CACCCCUGUGUCCUCCCACCCCACCAGGAAACCGACCAGCUGGAAGAAGAAAAAGCCGAACUGGAAUCGGAGAUCGCCGAACUCCAGAAGGAGAAGGAACGCCUGGAGUUCGUCCUGGUGGCCCACGCCCCGGCUUGCAAGCUCCCCUACGAGGACCCCGCUCCUCUGGGUGCCGGCCCCGCCGAGGUGAGCACCUUGGGCAAGGAGGAACCGCCGGGGCCCGUCGCCUUCCCGUUCCAGCCGGGCACCCAAGGUCCCUUCCCCAGCUGCUGCUUCGCGCCGGGGGUCCCCCCAGUGCCGCCUAACCCCUCCUAUACGUCUUCGUUUGUGUUCACCUACCCAGAGGGAACCACCUGCGGAGCCUCGCAUCAGCGGAGCAGCAGCAGCGACCAGUCCUCGGACUCCUUGAAUUCUCCCUCGCUCCUCGCGUUGUGAAUGGGUUGUCCCCACUCCCACCCCCCACCGCCCAAGCCCCCACCGGCC